GUUCUGGUACCGCCGAAGAGAGUUUACUUUCUUCCAAGGUCGACUCGACGAAAGAACAGCAGCUUAUACCUCUUUCGCAGUCCAUCGGUGAAAUCAACAGUACCACGACCUAAAAUGCGAUUUCAGAUCAUAAUAAUAAUUUCUUUAACGUUCAUAAGUUCUAUCGCAACAUUAAUCACCAAUAAACCGGUAAAUUACAACAAUAACACAUCGUUGAAGACUCACAGACGAGGUAAAAUCUUCUUCAACCAACUUCUCGGCAGCUUCGGAAGCAUUUUUGGUGGUGGUGGUGGAAGUAGCGUUAUAUCUUCUACUUCUGAUGUUGUUAGUGAUGAUGAUGAUGACGAUGAUGAGGAUGAAGACAAUGGAGCUAGAGAGUGCAGUUGUGAGUGCGGGAUAUCAAACCACGAGAACAGAAUAGUCGGAGGAAGACCCACAGGGGUAAAUCAUUACCCCUGGAUCGCUAGAUUAGUGUACGACGGUCAUUUCCACUGCGGAGCUUCCUUGGUUUCGGAGAGUUUCGUCCUAACAGCCGCCCACUGUGUCAGGAAGCUUAAAAGAUCCAAAAUCCGUGUUAUCCUCGGAGAUCACGACCAAUCCACCACAACAGACGUUAAAGCCAAGAUGAGAGCUGUUUCUGCCGUUAUCAGACACAGAAACUUCGAUACAGACACCUAUAACCACGAUAUAGCUCUGUUAAAACUUCGCAAACCUGUAGAAUUCAGUAAAAACAUUCGACCUGUAUGUCUUCCAGGUUCUGGCAGUGAUCCAGCGGGUAAAGUAGGUACUGUAGUGGGUUGGGGAAGAACCAGUGAAGGAGGAAUGUUACCGAACAUAGUCCAGGAAGUUGAAGUUCCGAUUUUAUCCUUGCAUCAGUGUAGAGCAAUGAAGUACAGGUCAUCAAGGAUAACAGGUUAUAUGUUGUGUGCUGGAAAGGGUGCCAUGGAUUCGUGCCAGGGGGAUAGUGGGGGACCUUUGGUGGUGCAUACAGGGGAGAAGUACGAAAUAGCGGGGAUAGUGUCGUGGGGGGUGGGAUGUGGGAGACCUGGGUAUCCAGGAGUGUACACCAGGGUGGCCAGGUAUGUGAAUUGGUUGAAAAUUAACCUCAGUGAUAAUUGUUUGUGUCGAUAGUACUGAAUUAAAGAAUUUUAAUUAAUGUAACAGUGCUUGGGAUAGAGUGACUUCAGUUUUUUCAGGACUACCCUAAAAUUACAGAGUAUAUCUGUAUUAUUCUAUGGUUUUAUAACAGUAUAUUCAUUAAACAGCUAGUCUACUUCACUAGUUUUUGGAUGCAGAGCAUCAAUACAGAUCAGAAUGUCUGCGAAUAUCUAGAUUGGUCCGCAGAAUUCUAUGUAAAUAAUCUUAAGGCGACUGGCUGUGGAAUGAAUAGGCUGUGGUAUUUUUAAUAUUUAAAACUGUAUCAAAUUUUUUAUAGUGUGUGUUAUAAAAUGUAUUUCUAGUAAUAUUUAAAUUCUCUUUAAGACAAUCUUGAACUUAAAUUCCGUUAUUGUAUGUUUUUGUGUGUAAUAAUUCUGUAAAUAUUCCUGCAUUGUGUUUUAUUUUUAUCUUUUUAUUGUAUAUUCUUUAUGAUUUCUUUGCUUUGAAAAUUUAGCUCUUUUUUCUAAGCUAGAAAAAGCUACGAAAAAUAAUAGAUAGAUAGAUAAACUUUCGUUUGUUAUGUUUUUAUUAAAAUAUCACAGAGCUUUCCAAAUAUUUCUGGUGACAGUGUGAGUCCAUUUGGACGAUUAUUUAUUAAAUGAAAAAAUUUGCAUUUUUGUCGAACCGGUGUAACUAAAUGAUGGACGGAAAUGUGAGUGAAAGUACUACACUUGACUGAAGUACCGAGGAUUUAUUGGUUUGUUUUUUAAUAAAACGAUUAUCCGGCAACAAUUUAAUAAUAAAUAUACCGAGCUUUAAAGUAGGUUACCAAUGAAAUGUGCCUGUCAAUGUUUAGGUCUAAGUUGUAGUCAAUUAAUGUUAUAUUAUAAUAAAAAAGAACAGUUUUAUAUUG